CAAACCUCACUGUAAUGUGGUUUCAGAGUAGAUGGCAUUAGAUGGCAAUCCCCAAAAGUAGGUGGGUUUAUAUGGACCUCCACAUAAAAGCCAUGUUUGGGUUUGCGCAAUUUAUUCUGAAAGCAGUAUAUACAACUGCAUCAUCAAGGUGGCUAUGGAGACGACUGGCUCCCGGAGCGUUUGGUUCGCUGUUGUGAACAUAGUAACUACAAAACUCAUGACCGGCAUAGAAUAGAAUCCAAACAUGUUUGGGGUGGCUUUGGAGGUGACACUAAGCACUAAGGAUGUAGUGCCACGUGUCAGCAAUGGGGUUUAAUUUGUGACAUCAUGAAAUACUCCAGACCCCGAAGCAUAUCGAGCCAUCGAGGCAAGUGAUUGAUCAGGUGUCACACUGUCCCUUUGAAGAACGAUCAUAUUUUUUCCUUUGAGGAACGGUCAAUCCAAUUGCUUGCCGACGUUUGAUGCUCUCAAUCACAUGGGUAGAUACAGAAACCACAUGGCGUGGCAUAGCUUUAAUGGGUUUCUAGACCAAGCGGGAUGCCUUUUGGCUAUUGAAGCAAACAAACAUCAAACUUGUAGAUACGGAUCUGGACAUGGGGCCUUGACACAUCCCCUGAUAUAUGGAUUGACGCUGUCACUCUAGCCUGGCACAGGAAGAUCGUCAAAAACAGGCUUAAGGACCACCAUUUUGGGCCCUGUUACAACCUGCUCCGACCUGCAUGGCCGUUUUAUUGUCUCAGCUCCGGUUUUAGGGAAUCGCCCCGAGCUUUCGCCUGCGAAGCGACGCGGGUGCACCCAGCACGCCAUGUUCAAAAGGCUUGCAGUGCUCAUUGGCGUGCAGCGUGCACUCUGUAUUCCAACAAACGAGUUGAGAGAGAUGGCCAAGCCUUGCGCACCAGGGCAAGAAUGCGAGAUGGAUGGCUACGUGGGUUCCAAAGUGAUCUUUGAGGAUGACCUCGUGCGAGUCUGGAACUUUACCUUGCCACCGGGUGGUAUGACAUCCCUUCAUCGCCAUGAUUUGGACUACCAUUUUAUUGCCAUCAUACCCACCCAACUCGAGGUCUAUGACUGGCAGGGCACGAGGCUCUUCGACUUCCGCGCCGAGGGCACCAAGGGCUUUCGCGUGAAGGGCGACCUAUUGGAACCGACCGUCGGGACGUUACCAACGCCGCUGCCGCGACUGCACUCGGCGUUGAAUAUUGGGCUCAAUGACUACUACGAGGUUUUGGUGGAGCACAAGCAUCGGCCGAGCGAAAAAUCUGAGCUGUAGUGAGAGCGACACGGAGUUUGUUUGGCACAGAUCUUGGAACGCAGUGACAAAACUUUUGAAGAUUUAGCAUUGAGGGUGGCUAAUCUGCGCAGUUGGCCACUUGCCAUGUAAGCUUAGUUGGCGCUAUGCUAGCAUGCAUCUUUUGCAGCCGACGUGUAAUCUGGACCCAAAGCACGGUCCUGGUCGGGUGAACAUAGCAGACAUAGCACCAAAGACAUUGCCACACAGUAAAA